AAACUGUGAUUGAUUUUUUCGGGAAUUCCUCGGGAUCUGUUCUCGUCAAGCUUGUUUGAGAUGCGCUGAAACUGAAAAUUAAAUUCUGGUUCGCCCCUCUCGAAGUUAUAAAAGCUUCGGAAGACCAAAACCCAAUUGUUAGUUGACACCAAGCACUACGUCUAUUUUCUUAAAAAAAUGAACAAAGCUUCGAUGUAUUCAAAAUACAGCGGUUUGCAAAAAAACGAUGCGUCUUUUGUAAUCGACAAUUACUUGAGACUCAUCAAGUGGAAGACCAACGCGAAUAUUUUAGAUAUCGGCUCAGGUGACGGCAAUGUAAUCUUCGAGCUUUUGCUCCCGAAAAUCCCCAAAGAUUUCGGAAAAUUCAUCGGAAUUGAUAUUUCGGAAGAAAUGGUMCGGUUCGCGAAAAAUCAGUGCGACGAUCCAAAAAUCGAUUUUUUGCAAAUGGAUAUUUCGUCGGAGAUUUCGCCUGAAUUUCACGAAUAUUUCGAUCACAUUUUCUCGUUUUAUUGCUUGCAUUGGGUGGUGGAACAGAGACAAGCGAUGAAAAACAUGUUUGAUAUGCUGAAACCAGGAGGCGAAAUGCUUUUGACAUUUCUUGCAAGCAAUCCGAUUUACGAUAUUUACGAAGGAAUGGCAAAAUCGAAUAAAUGGGGACCCUACAUGAAUAAUUUAAAGAAAUACAUUUCACCCUAUCAUCACUCCGACGAUCCUGAAACCGAGUUGGAGAAUUUGCUGAAAAAGGAGGGUUUUAUUACUCAUUUGUGCAGAGUGGAGAAUCGGUUGUACACUUUUCCAAACUUUUCAGUUUUAUCAAAAUCAGUUUCAGCGGUAAAUCCGUUCAUUAAAACAUUGCCUGAAAACGAAAUCGACACUUACAUCGAGGAUUAUCUCAAAGAAGUGCGAAAACUGAAAACGAUCACAAUCGAAACAUGCAAUAACAACGACAAUGAGGAAAAAAUCCACGUGCCUUACAAACUUUUCAUCACAUUUGCCUCAAAACCGGUCUAAUUAUUACAAGAAAAGUAAUCAGGUAGUAAGAUGAGUACAAAUUAUAUUACAUUUUAUGAUUAUUUUUAUAUCUUUUUUGUUAUUUAAUGAGUAUUAAUGAGUAUUAGACUUAGAGUUAGUCUCAACGUACUGAACCUCAAUAAGUACAAAUUAUAUUAUUAGAUGUAGAUUAUUUUUAUAUUCUCUUAAGGCAAUUAGAUUAUUUUAUAAUGUAUAGUAUUUAUAGACACUAUAUAACGUCUGAUAAAUUGAAGAUAUACAUGGGUAAACAGUCUUUUGUGUUCGUAGUUUGCCGACUUUUUGCCGACGUAUUUAUUGGAUUUACCAAACCUUAACUUAUUAAUACGCUUUUGGGAUGGUUUACAGGAUAGUCAUUUUUAAAAUGAACUUAUAU